CCUUUCGGAGGACGGCCGCAAACUGAGGACGGGCGCCGAUGAAGUCCGGUCUGCGAAGCCGACCCAGGACCCGGAGCUAUCGCGUCCCCCUCCUUUUCCACUCCCGUUGCAUCCAAUAAAGGCCGUACCCGUUAUCUUGCGGAUCUCCUCUUGAAUCUCAGGCUUCUGUGGAAGAGCGGGCGAUACUUCGCAGAAGGUUCUGUUUGACCUUGCCGGCACUUCCGGAUGGCCGCGCUGCGCCGAAUCCUACACUGGGCGACCCUGGCUGCGGGAACGCGCUGCGCCAUGGCGGGCUCCCUGGCCGGUAGCUGCCUGGCGGACCGCUGCCUCUGGGAUAAGCUCCACGCGCAGCCCCGUCUGGGUAGCGUCCCCACCUUCGACUGGUUCUUUGGGUACGAGGAAGUCCAGGAGCUCCUACUGCCACUGCUGCAGGGGACCCAGGCUGCCUGUCCACUGCGGGUGUUAGACGUGGGCUGUGGGACCUCAAGCUUGUGUACAGGCCUCUACACCAAGUGUCCACACCCUGUGGACGUGCUGGGGUUAGACUUCUCUCCUGUGGCUGUGGCCUACAUGAACAGCGUCCUGGAAGGUGGCCAAGGUCGAACACCUCUGUGCCCUGGGCACCCUGCCUCCCGCCUCCACUUCAUGCAGGCUGAUGCCCAGAACCUGGAAACAGUGGCUUCUUCUGGCUCCUUCCAGCUAGUACUGGACAAGGGCACCUGGGAUGCCGUAGCUCGGGGUGGUCUGCCUGGGGCUUACCAGCUGCUGUCAGAAUGCCUGAGGGUCCUAAGCCCAAAGGGGACCCUGAUUCAGUUUUCAGAUGAGGACCCAGAUGUGCGGCUUCCCUGCUUGGAGCAAAGAUCCCAAGGCUGGACUGUGACUGUGCAGGAGAUCGGCCCUUUCAAGGGCAUCACCUACUUUGCUUACUUGGUUCAAGGCUCCCAUUAAAGACUUAAGUCUUGACCCUACAGUUUUUGUUGGGUGGGGAGAGGUGGAGAGAGCUUUGCCUUUUCAAGAUGGCUGGAAAAUGAAGAUUUCAGUCCUGCCUUCCACAUUUACUGGGUAGGUGCACACAGUAUUGACGGUUUCUGUGCCCCAGUUUACUCAUCAGCAGGGUAGGGAUAAUACCUGGAGUUAGGGAUUACAUACAAUGACAGCUGAAACAUGUAGCAGUACCAAGCAAAGUGAGUGCUAGGUAGAGAAGAUCUAAGUGGAUCAUUCCCCACCCCCAGCUAACUGGAACUCCCAGAAACAGCAGAUAAGAAUUAAUCCAAACCCAGUGGCUUAUCCUCUAAGCCCAUUUCCCUACCUGUAAAAGGGGAAGAUUGUGAAAGGAUGGGUAAAAUUGCUCCAUGAACAAGCCUAGGUGAAAUGUUAAAGGAGAGAGAACAAACAAUACUUACCCUCAAAGCUCCUGGGAGGCAGGAGUUGGGGGUAUUCCACAAAUUGGCUUCUGCAGACACGGAAGCCUGUUGGAUCCCAGGGAGGACUGGGAUCUGGUUCUUCCUGACCCUCUGUGUCCUCGGGAAUCCAGGAGGCAUCCUGCUCUAUCUGUUCCUGCCCCCAGCUGAGUUCUGGGUUAAUGGUUCUUAAGGGAGAUCUGGGGUCCAGUGGGCUCCAGGUCCAGCCUGGGUGGGGGGAAUGGAGUUUAAGAGCCCAUUGACAGUGAAAAAUAUUCCAGAUACAUUGAAGUUUUUUUAACAUAAAAUUAACUUGUGAUACUUGUUUCACUUCAGAUCAAAUAAAUGUUUUGCCUUUUACUAAACAAAACAUGAAA